CUUUCAUUCUUUUUAUACAUAUCCCUCCCCACUCUUAUUUUUUUUUUUUUUGGUGAAAGAAACAUUAUAAUGUUACGUAAUUCAGCAACACAGCGUUUACGUCACACUCUUCGUGCUCAAACCAAAACAUUACUUGGUUCUCGUGGAACAACUUUGCAAAGGGCGUUACCUCGCGUACGUCAACCAUAUAUUCAAACUGUACGAUGUUUCUCUAGUAGUCAAACACGAUCCAUUUGGAUCCCUGUGGAUCGUGAUACUUUGGAUGAGGACGAUCCUCGACGUGGUGAAGUAUUUGAAGAUGAAACAGAUGUAGUGAUCAUUGGCGGUGGUCCUUCUGGCAUGGCAGCUGCUAUUCGUAUGAAGCAAUUAGCAUUGGAAGCUGAUAAGGAUAUUCGUGUUAUGGUGGUGGAAAAGGCUGGUGAAGUAGGUGCUCAUAUCUUAUCUGGUGCUGUUUUGGAACCUCGCGCUUUGAAUGAAUUGAUCCCUGAAUGGAAGGAAAAGGGGGCUCCUCUCAAUACUCCUGUGACUAGUGAUAGUAUGCGUCUCUUGACAAAAUCCAUGUCUUUCCCUUUACCUCAUCCUCCUCAAAUGAAUAACAAGGGUAAUUAUAUCGUCUCUCUCAAUAACUUUGUCAAGUGGCUCGGUGAACAAGCUGAAGAAUUAGGUGUUGAAAUCUAUCCUGGUUUUGCUGCCUCUGAAGUUCUUUAUAACGAUGAUGGUAGUGUUCGUGGGGUUGCUUUGAAUGAUGUUGGUUUGGACAAGAACUUUCAACCCAAGGAUACUUAUGAACGUGGUAUGCAUGUAAAUGCCAAAGUGACUAUGUUUGCUGAAGGAUGUCAUGGUUCUCUUACAAAAACAUUGGUUAAGAAAUUCGAUCUUCGUAAGGAAAGUGAUCCUCAACAAUAUGGUAUUGGUAUCAAGGAAGUUUGGGAAGUCAAACCUGAAAAACAUCAACCUGGAUCAGUGACUCAUACCAUUGGCUGGCCCAUGGAUAACAAUACUUAUGGUGGAAGUUUCAUUUAUCAUUUGGAACCUGAAAAGAACUUGGUUGCUCUUGGUUUGGUCGUGGGUCUUGAUUAUACCAAUCCUUAUAUGAGUCCCUUUAAGGAAUUCCAACGAUUCAAACAUCAUCCUUUAGUGAAGGAUCUUUUGGAAGGUGGUAAUUGUAUCUCUUAUGGUGCUCGUGCUAUUAACGAAGGUGGUUGUCAAUCUAUCCCCAAACUUGUUUUCCCUGGUGGUGCUCUUAUUGGUUGUACAGCUGGCUUCUUGAAUUUACCCAAGAUUAAAGGAACUCACACUGCUAUGAAAUCUGGUAUGUUGGCUGCUGAAGCUGCUUAUGAAAAACUCUUUACUUCUGAUAAUGAGGUACAAAAAGGUGUUGUAUUGGACAAUUAUGAAGAAAAGAUCAAAAAUUCUUGGGUGUAUGAAGAACUUUAUGAAGUACGUAAUUGUAAACCUUCCUUCAAUGGACCUCUUGGUGUGCUUGGUGGUGUACUUUAUUCCGGUAUUGAAACUUUAAUCCUCAAAGGCAAGGAACCCUGGACUUUCCGACACAAACAUGCUGAUUGGCAAACAUUGAAACCUGCUGCUGAAUGCAAAGAAAUCGAUUAUCCUAAACCUGAUGGUGUCAUCUCCUUUGAUUUGUUAACCAGUGUAUCUCGUACAGGUACUAAUCAUGCCGAAAAUCAACCUGUCCAUUUACGUCUUCGAGAUCCUGCCAAGCCUGUUGAACAAAACUUGGCUAUUUAUGAUGGUCCUGAAGGUCGAUUCUGUCCAGCUGGCGUAUACGAAUUUGUAGAAGAUGAAGCUAAUCCAGGUCAUCAACGAUUACAAAUCAACUCUCAAAACUGUAUUCAUUGCAAGACCUGUGAUAUCAAGGAUCCUUCACAAAACAUUGAUUGGACUGUUCCUGAAGGUGGUGGUGGUCCUCAAUAUGUUUGGACCUAAACAUGACUUGUGAUUCCCUCACCUCUUUUUAUUCUAGAACUCUCACAUCACUGUCC